UAUUGAUGGCUCUCGCUCCUAGCUCAGUCCUAAAUCUCUUCUUCCUCUUAUUAAAAUCUGUGUUUGUUUUUAUAUUUUUCUCUUCUUAUUAAUGAAAGUUGAAGUUAUUGAAAAAUGACAAGCAUUAAAGGAAUGGAAUCGAUGCCAGUGGGAUUCAGAUUCCGCCCAACCGAUGAAGAACUCGUGGGUCACUAUCUCAGGCUCAAAGUGGAAGGCAAUGACUCCCAAUUCCAUGUCAUCCCUGAAGUUAAUGUGUGCAAGUGGGAGCCUUCGGAUUUACCUAAGUUCUCAGUGAUCAAGUCAGAUGAUCAAGAAUGGUUCUUCUUUAGUCCCCGGGAUUACAAGAGCUCCAACAGUAACAGAACGAACAGGGCUACCAAAUCCGGGUACUGGAAAGUCACAGGUAAAGAUAGGAAGAUCAAAGCUAAAGGCACCGACGAUGUGAUUGGUACAAAGAAGACUCUAGUGUUCCAUAGAGGUCGUGUUCGUGAUGGGGUCAGGACCAACUGGGUUAUGCACGAGUACCAAUCAAUAGUAACUCUUCCUCGCCAGAGAGACUUUGUCCUCUGUCGCUUAAAGAAAAAAAUGGAUGAGAAAACUAAAGUGACAACCUGCAACGAAGGUGAAGAAAGCAGCUAUGUUGCUUCUGAUUUAGAAAAUCCAGUGCCAGAAGAUACAAAUCCAGAGGUAUAUGAUCACACAGAAGUAGACUUGGAAUCAGUCCUACAGCUGCUGCAGCAGCCACAGAAUUAUGAUGCGUCUUCCUCACAGCUUCCAUUAUACAAUCAGCAGGAACCCUCUUUCAUGGAUUCCACAUUUACCAACGGCCAUAAUGAAGUGCAAUUUCAGUCUGAUCAUAAUGAACAUGAAGAGGAUCAAACAAAGUUUGUCCAUUCACUUUUUGUUGACCAGGAUGAGUACUCCUGUGAAGAAAUACUGCACUUCAGUGACACGGACACUGACACAGCCCAAGCACGGUGUGACCACUUUCUGGGAAUUUCAACAUUGUUUAAUGAGCAUGUUGCUCCUAAAGAAUACAGGCAAAUGUCUAUGGUUCAAAGUGGAACUGUUUCCUCUUCUAACCAUUGCCAAUACAGAGAAGAAACAAAUGGUUUCCUUCAUGAUGAUUUCUUGGGACUUGAUGCUCCCUGUGUCAGUCCAGCGGCAGAUGUAGCUAAAUUCAUAUGUUCCAUUUCAAGAGUUGGUUCCGAAUCUAGUCUAGAAUCUCCUCUCAAGAUAAGAGCCCCCAAAUCUAAAAAUCACCGAAGAUCCCACCGUGUCGUAGGACAAACAGCUGCUCGGAGAAGAUUCCAGUUGAAGCGUAGCAGUUCAAUUAAAGCAGUAUCAUCCCAAGAAGAGGCGAUAGAAUCAAGCUGCAGCACAUCACAUCAUGAAUAGAUUCUGUCUCUAAUGAGACGUUCUUAAAUGGGAAGGCCAAAGGGUGCUUCAGGACACAGUAUUACUGUUGAUCUGCCUAAGGAAAUAACCUUUACGGAGUCUAACAAAGAGCAGAAAAUUGCUCAAGGCAAAAUAAAUCCUGAAAUCAACAAGAGAUGGGUCAGCUGGCAGUGAUCCGAAGGGUUAUCUCAUUUUCCAAGAGACAUCUCUACUAGGCAAUGAAUCUAGUCCACUCCUUAGUGUAUUUUGUCAAUAUACUGAUAGGUAUAUUUUUGUUUGUGGUCUUUAUUCGGGAAGUGGUGUCAUAUGGGAAAUUGGUGCAAGCUUCAUAAAAGAAAAAAAAAAAUCAUAGUCAA